GUGGACAUUAAGAACAAGAAGGGGUCUCGUCGCAGCCACAAAGCGAUGCAGAAAGCCGCAGCUAGCCAUGAAGUUUCUGGCGAAACCGGAGGAGAUGGGCUUAGUAAGCUGCCCAGUGACAUUCUACUCGACAUCCUCGAGAGGGUGGACACGCUAGAUGUCUUAAGAACUUGCAUCCUCUCAAAGCGAAUGCUGAAGCUCCCCACCAUGCUCUCUCGGUUUGAUUUAAAUAUUGCUUCCCUUAUACGUCACCAUGACCUGGCGUCCCAUGGGUUCAACACUGCUCACAUUGCUCGGUACAACAAUGUUGUUUCUGGGGUCACGGAGAAGGUCCUGAGUGCAAGGAAUCUAGAGAUCCCCAUCCUAAAGCUGACGGGUAGAUUCUAUUUGAGGCGUGAUGAAUGUUUCUCCAUCGGCAGAGCUUUUGCCCGCAUCAUGGAAACCCAGAAGGUCGACGAAACUGAGUUUACGCUCGUCACAGAGAAGAGCUGUGCCAAAUGCGGUCGCGACGAUCUACUCUGCUACGCGAAGCUGUUCAAUACCUGGUUUGGUGACUGUCCAGUCGUAUUUGCUGGCCUUACACGCCUGUGGCUGUGCAACAUGAGGUUUGCUGAACAUGACAUCUCCAACAUGCUCAGCACCUGCAAACGGCUGCGGAAUCUGCGCCUCGCCUACUCUGACGCAGGGGUCGGUUCGGUGCUACAAGUAGAGCACGAUGAACUUGUUGAGCUCAGCAUCGAGCAUGGAAAAUUUGAGGCAGUCCAGCUCAACUGUGUACCAAAACUCCAACGAGUGAACUAUACUGGUUGGUCUUACCCAUACCCCAACCUGUCUUUUGGUUGUGUCCCGCAGCUUUCACGGCUAAGUCUCAUACUAAUGGGUAUUAGUUUUACCAAGAAUCUCCACUUAAGUUAUCUCCUUGCUAGUGUCCCCUCGAGGAUAAUCGACCUGCAUCUGGAUUUUAAAAGUGAAAAGAUUUGGGUUGUACCAGAAUGCCCGAAGCUGCUUGCCCCUGUGCUCUGCAAAUUACGGGUUGUGAAUCUGGUUAAUCUUCCUGAAGGAUGUGAUAUUGCUUGGACCAUGUUCAUUAUCGAAGCUGCACCAGCCCUGAAGGAGAUGUGCAUCAGGGUUUGGGAUCAUUGGUGUAAAAUGGUCACAGACCAGGAAUUUAGAAAGAAAAAUGGUUACUGCCAGAAAGCAAAUGUGGAGUGGCAACCAUUUGCUAGUGAUUUCAAGCACAAGAAUCUGGUUAAGCUGACCAUCUACGGCUUCCAACCUGAUGAAUACUUUUUGCUGUACGUUAGGAGCGUGUUGGAAGUUGCGGUGAACAUGGAGGAGGUAUCUCUGCAGGACAGGGAGGCGUGUAAGCGCUGUGGGCACUUGGAUCCAAGCAUCAAGGUUUCUCCUUCAAGAUAUCCGCAGACUGGCGAGGAGAAGAAUAUGUUAAGGGAGGAGAUCACUAAGGAGCUGCGGAUGGUUUCGCCUGGUGUUAUUCGCUUUGAGCCGUAAUAACUGAUAAAACGAGAUGCAUGCCAUCAGUAUGGUCUAGAGUCUGUGUAUUAAAAGAUGCAUGGUAUCGUAUUAUGUUGCCGAACACUGUAAAUAAGCAAGCACCUGGUGUACACUUUAUUUCUUCUUCUUGUUGUUUAAUAAAUU